UUUAAGAAUCCUCCCACUGCAUGACGGCAGCCACAAUGUGCGUUGCAGUCAUGGCAGCAAUAGAUAUGUUUCUCCAAUCAAUCAGCCCAGUAUCAGUUUUAGGAGCUGUAGUGUUUCUGCUGAUUGGGUAUCACUGCUUUCUCUUUAUGUUUAACCAAAAUGAAAACAGACGGGGACCGCCGGGACCGAAGCCCUUUCCCAUAGUUGGCAAUCUGCUGCAGCUGGGUGUUAGGAGACGUGACCAAGCCUUCAUGAAGCUUUCUAAGAAGUACGGAUCUGUGUUCACUGUCUACAUGGGAUCAAGGAAAAUGGUGGUGUUGACGGGUUACAAAACAAUCAAGGAAGCAUUUGUAGGUUAUGCAGAUGAGUUUGGAGAACGGGAAGCACCCAGAAUGACUAAAGAAGCAAACCAACAACACGGUAUUGCAAUGGCCAAUGGUGACUCUUGGAAAGAAAUGCGUCGCUUUGCUUUGACAAAACUUAAGGACUUUGGGAUGGGAAAAAAAGUCUGUGAGGAGAAAAUCAUUGAGGAAUGUCAGCUCCUCAUGCAGGAGUUUAAAAGGUUUAAAGGUGAAGCCUUUGAUAUGUCACAACAUAUAGGCUAUGCUGUCUGUAACAUAAUCUGCUCCAUGGUUUAUGGAAAAAGAUUUGAAUACGAUGAUGUAGACUUCAAAAAAAUUGUUAAUCGAACAAACAGAUUAAUUCAGAUGAUUGGCUCACCAGCAAUACAGCUGUCUAACAUCUUCCCAAUUUUUGGCAAACUGAUGUUCUUUGCCAGAAGGAAAUUAGGCAAGAUAUUUCUUGCCAAUAAGCAACAUCAUCUGAUGCUCCUAAACCAUUUAAGACAAACCCUCAGUCCAAAGGUGUGCAGAGGAGUUGUAGAUGCCUUCCUCAUCCGUCAACAGCAACAUCAGGAAUCUGGGAUCACUGACAGCCAUUACCAUAAUGACAACCUCCUGGUGACAGUCAUGAAUCUGUUUGCAGCUGGAACUGAAACAACAGCUACAACACUGAGAUGGGCCCUCCUGUUUAUGGCCAAAUAUCCAAAAAUACAAGACCAAGUCCAGGAGGAGCUGAGGAACGUGAUUGGAAGCCGCCAGGUGCAGGUUGAGGACAAACAAAAGCUGCCUUUUACAGAGGCUGUCAUCUAUGAGACACAAAGACUGGCCAACAUUGCCCCUCUGGCAAUUCCUCACAGAACAAGCAGCGAUGUCACCUUUCAAGGUUAUUUUAUUGAGAAGGGAACCCCUGUAAUUCCUGUCUUAACGUCUGUCCUGCAAGAUGAGAGUGAGUGGGAGAAGCCAAAUGUCUUUUAUCCUGGCCAUUUCCUGAACAAAGACGGGAAGUUUGUCAAGCGUGAUGCUUUCAUGCCUUUUUCAGCAGGUCGCAGGAUGUGUCCUGGAGAGGGUCUGGCCAGAAUGGAGCUCUUCAUCUUCUUCGCCACUCUCCUGCAGCACUUUCGAUUUGCUCCACCUCCCGGAGUUACAGAGGAGGAAUUGGAUAUAGCGCCACUAGUUGGUGGUACUCUUAUCCCUCAACCCCAUACAUUGUGCGCCAUCCCUUUAAUGUAAGGAGGGGCUCUUAUUGGAAAAAAAAAAGAA